AUGUAUUUGCCAUCAGUCGAAGCCGUUAAAAUCACAAUUGAUUUAUUAAGAAAAUUUAAAGAUGUCGAUUCUUUCGAAGAAGCAUUAAUGAUUUUUUUUUAUUUGAUUGUCAUCGAAUUGAACGAGGAUACGAAAGAUGAAAUUGUUGACAUUCUGUUGUCAGUCAACGAUCAAAAAGCAUUGACGACAGUGAAAAUAUUUAAAAAAAAAGACAUGGUCACAAGAUUAUACGAAUGGGGUUGUCAAAUAUGGGACGUCGAAUACGUGGCCAACUUGUUGAAAAAUAUAAUAAACGAUAAUAAAGUUUUCCAAAAACCGUUGAAAACGAGAAUUCCUGUCGUUAUAAAAGCGAGCAGAGUUCCAGACACGACGUACAUUCUCCCGUUGGAAAUGGAAAAAUUAAAAGAGAAAAAAAUGAAAAAUCGUGAGGGUGCAAUGAGUUUAUACGAAGAAGCACAGAAAAAAGCAUAUCGAUGUUCAAUAACGGAAAAAUCAGAAAAAUAUAAAGAAUUGAUAAAAAAAAUUGAAGAGGAGGAAAAAAAAGAAACGUGUCAGAAGAAAAUACAACAUAAAAAGGUUAUAUUUAAAAAUGUGACACCGCCAAAAAAAACAGCCGCCGUUAUUUUGAGAGAAGGUGCAAGACUUUUAAAAAUUGAAAACGAAGAAAUAAAAAGGCUCGAAGAUUUAGAAAGAGGAGGAUACAAUUCGGAUUUAAUCGUGGAAAUGGAAGAAGAUAUAAGGGAAGAAGAAUAUCGUAAAUACAUGGAAGACAUUGAGAGAAAACAUUUGGAAGGUUUGCUCUCGUUCGAAGAAGCCGUUUUAGCCAAACAAAAAUGCAUAAAAAAAAAAAAAGAACAAGCGGAAAUAGUUAAAAGAGAAAAAGAUGUUUGGAUGAAAGAAAUCGACGAAUGGAAACAAGAGGAAUUGAUCAGGUUGAAAUAUGUCGUGGAAAAAGAAAAAGAAGCGGAAAAAGGGGUUAAAGAUGCCGUGGAACAUGUCAAAGAAGAAAAACAUAAAUUGGCAAUGGAAACGGCACAAGAAUCAAAAUUACUCUAUGAAAAAUGGAUGAAGGAGAAAGAAGAAGAUCUUCAGAAAAAAAUUCAACUCAUAAAAGAAAUAAAAGCUUUGCAAGCUUUCGGACUCAUUAGACGAAAGGAAAUAAUAUUAACGGACGCUCCCAACACGGGUUUACUCACGGAAAUGUCAAUGGCGGAACUCAAAGAAAGAUUAUUCAUAUUGAGAGUCGAAUUGAAAGAUGAAUUGGAAAGGAAAAAAGCUUUGAUAAAAUAUAAAAAAGAAUGUCGGAAAGAAAUUGUACAAAGUUACAUGGAACUCAUCGAAAGUCACAAAUUGAUAACAAAAGAACAAAAAGCAUCGAUAUUGUCGUCGUCUUCGACGUCAUCGUCGUCGUUGUCGUCGUCGUCGAAAAAAGAAAACGAUACGAAAAAAGAAAAAUUAUUUUUUAAAUCCGAUUAUUUAGACGAAUUGAGAAAAAAAUUAAAUGAAAAAAGAAACGAAAGAAAAAUUUUGGAUCAAAAGAAUUUGUAG